UCCUGAUCCUGCCUCUCUCAGGAGCAACAGCCUUCGCUCAGCCUGAGGGGCACAGGGAGGGAAGCCCGGGCGGCGCGGCCCGAGCGCAGACAUGGCGGAAAGCUCAGAUUGGGUUGAGAUCAUUGAGCCCCGUUCCCGGGAGCGGAUGUAUGUCAACUUGACAACUGGGGAGUGUGGCUGGGACCCACCACCCAAUCUUCGAGUUCGUCAGUCUGAUGAGAACCAGUGGUGGGAGCUCUUUGACCAAAACAACAACCGUUUCUACUACUACAAUGCCAUCACACAGCAGACGGUGUGGCAUAGGCCACAGGGCUGUGACAUUGUGCCACUGGCUCAGCUCCAAGCCAUGAAACGCAAUUCCCGCUCCGACUUCAGGACAUCCCAGCACAGGGACAGCACAAGUAGUGAUGGGCGAAACACUCCUAUCCAAAUGACUCUUGUACAAGAGUUGGAGAAGAGUAAAGAGGACAACAGCCUAGAGAAGAGGCCAGAAACUGGAAGAGACACCCCUACCCGGUGGCAGCCUUUACCAGGGACUAAAGCAGCCAUGCUAGUCAAAGUCAACAGUCUGAGACAAGUGAAUUCUUCCUCAAGCACUUCACUUCAAAUGCAGAGCAGUGCAGAAACCGGCAGCCAGAAAUCUCUGCAUCCAAAACCAGUUCUAUAUGGCCAACCUCAGUCUAUAGCCCCAAACCCAACUGCUUCAAAACCAGCACCUCCAAUAGAAACAAAGCAAUCAAUGCAGAUUAAGAAAACAGAGAAUGGAGGGUUUUGUCUAGUGUUAACUAAUGGGCUUAAUUAUCAGCCUCCUUCAGGGAGUCAGACACGAACAUCACAGCCUGCAUCUCCCAAGUAUGCCUCUCCAGCACCAAUAUAUGAUGAGCCAUCAAUCGACUCCCCAAUUUAUGAUGAACCCCCUGUAGAUAUGGACACUGGGAGUGGAAAUAUGAAUGGGACAACUCCACAAAUGUCACCAAGCAAUAGCUUGAAUAAGACGCCCCAACCAAUUAAAUUAUUACAGCAUCCAAGUAUGCAGCAGCAGCACCAAGCUGGAAAAAAGCAUGUGAGAAAUCCUUCCGCAACAGAAUACAGCCCAGUUGGAAGGGAAUAUAUUAAACAUAUGGUCAACAUUGACCCAUCAUCCAAAAAUCCACACUCUGUAAGUGCAAUAGUUGAUGGCACUGCUAAACCACAGCUAGGGCACCUUAGUUCCAGGGACAGCUUCAAGCAGUCUUGGAAAGUCUUAGAGGCAAAUGUUCUCAAAAAUAUGGAGGCCCACCACAGUCGGCAGAACAGUCUUCAGGCUCAAGAAUAUCCUACCGUUAUAAGUCAGCAAGACUCUGGCUACUCAACAGGACCUUCUCCAAGCUUGAGAAAGAGAAAAGGAAGGCGACAAGCUCCAGGCCAAGGAAGGCCAGGUUCUGUAGGCAGCAGCAGUGAACUCAGCGCUCUGAAUGACAAGCUGAUUGCAGAGAUGCGUGCUGUGGUGAAUAGAUCUGCAGCCGGAAGAGGGAGUAAAGGUAGCUUAGAUGCAGAAAUGCUGGAAAAUGCUAAUUUGCCAGAGGGUAAUAAAAUUAAGUUUCAAUCAGACCGCUUGAAAAAAUGCAAUAGCAGGAGCUCAAGGGAUGAUGUGACUUCGAGUAACAGGUCUUUAUACAGGCCUAGAAUGGACAGUAGAGGGAGCCUCUCAAAUGAUCCAGCCCUACAUCAAGACACCGUGAGACAGAAGAGAACCUAUGAAAAAAUAGAUUCUUUAGAAAAGAAUGUGGCCAGUCAGAUAAACCUGUCUUCAUCAGGCACAGCACAAAUAUCCCAGUCUGGAACCAUAAGGUCCGAUUCCCAGCAAGAGAAUAAUGACCAGCCUGGCACCAACAUGGGGUAUCAGUUUCCCUUCCACACCAUACGGAAGCCCAUCUCUCAAAGCAGCAUGGCUGACUGGGCUUCCAAAAACCUAAACAUGCACACUCAGGGUAUCUUUCGCCGAAGGCUCUCCAUUGCCAACAUGCUUUCCUGGAAUGGUGGCUCCAUCAAAAAACCAAUGCUCAUCACCAGCAACCACACCAUCAAAAAAGAAGCUUGUGAAAUAUUUAAACUGGUACAAGUCUACAUGGGUGACCGGCAAGCCCGGAUGGACCGAGAUCAUGUCGCUUUGAUCACCAUCACCAAGUGCUGGAGCAUUCAAGGUCUACGGGAUGAGCUAUAUAUACAACUAAUCAGACAAACAACAGACAAUAUGUGCUACCGAAGCCUAGCAUGGGGCUGGGAACUCAUGUCCAUUAGCUUGGCCUUUUUCUCCCCUUCACCCAAGUUCCAGUCUUACCUGGAAGGUUACAUCUAUCGUCACCUUAGCCAAGUCAAUGAUGAAAACAUUACCCAGCGCAUUAAGGAGCUUCUGGAUCUGAAAAACAAAAAGAACUCAAAAUCCAGGAAAAAGAGGAAGCAAAACACAGAGGACGAAGGUCUGCCUAUCAGCACUUAUGCGAAAUACUGUUACCGGAAGCUGCAAAAGGUUGCAAUCACUGGAGGCAAAAAGGGUCUCCGGAAGCCUACAGUUGAAGAGAUAAUACAUGCCAAGAACGCAAUUGUGACACCUUCACUGUUUGGCAGUUCUCUGGAGGAAAUCAUGUUGCGACAGCAGGACAUGUAUCCAGAUAAAAAGCUGCCUUGGGUACAGACACAGCUGUCUCGGCAAGUUCUCGAACUGGGAGGAGAACAAACAGAAGGAAUAUUCAGAAUUCCUGGUGACAUUGAUGAAGUCAAUGCACUAAAACUACAGGUGGAUCAGUGGAAGAUUCCUAACAACCUUAGUGAUCCCAAUAUCCCAGCUUCUUUGCUGAAGCUAUGGUACCGAGAGCUGGAGGAGCCUGUCAUCCCACAGCAAUUCUACAAAGAGUGUAUCAGCAACUAUGAGAACCCUGAUGCUGCUGUAGCGGUAGUGGAACUCCUGCCAGACCUUAAUAGAUUGGUUUUGUGUUACCUCAUUCACUUCUUACAGAUAUUUGCCCAGCCAACCAAUGUGGGCAAAACCAAGAUGGACGUAAACAACUUGGCCAUGGUGAUGGCCCCAAACUGUCUGCGAUGCCAGUCUGAUGACCCCAGAGUAAUCUUUGAAAAUACCCGCAAAGAGAUGUCCUUUCUCCGCAUGCUAAUCGUGCACUUGGACACCAGCUUUAUCAAAGGAGUGGUGUGAAGGGUUGGCUUCAGGCAAGAUGGUGUCAAGGGAGCAAGAAAUUCUUGCCAAUAUUACCUUUUUUGAGCCUUGGCUCUUUCCCUCUGCUGUCUCCAGGCUCCUAGGACUUUUCCUGUUGCCUUACCAGCUGUUUCCUAACCUCAGCAACAGUGUUGAUGACUUUGAGGAAGCCCUCUAAUAAUUGAAGUCAGUGAUCACAGCAGAAAGGAUUCUGAGUUAGCAGGAAGCCAAAUCCCACAUAUUGCUUGAAGGAACUUGUAAGAACCUGCUUCCAAAAGGCAGCAGUUCCUGCAUAAGCAAAGUGAGUGUUGGGCUGUUUAGCGCUACCCUGGGAAUCUACUGCGCAUUAAAAGUGGAAUCAUUGAUUGGGAACAAACUGCUCUCAGAUUUUGCAGGGAUUUUGCUUCCUCCACCUGAAGAUCGGGCACUUCUUAGUCAUGCUUCAUUCCCAAAAGAAAAAAAGUUGCUGUUUCAGUUUCAGGCUGCUAUAGCACAUAUCCUACCUUAGAGCAAACUUGCCCCAGCCAGCUCUGCCAUUCACAUUGCUGGCUGCAUCCUUCUCCAACAGCUUCCCAGUUCCUUUUCUACCUUAAAGGAUGCUUCUCUUACCAAAGAUUCAGUUUUGCAGCACUGGAUGGGCUGUGGCUUGUGACUUGGGAUGACUCUCCUCGUGCCUGGGGUACUUUUACAAUUCAAUUCAGACUAAAAGGAAGAAGUGGCAGGCAUUGCUGGAAGCCUAGGUCAAGCUACUUAACUGCAACAUUGUCCUAGAAUAAAAACAGUCAUGGGCUGGAAUUUGGGAGAGAGCAGAGCAUUUUGGAAGCGAAACUGCCUGUCCUUCCCCUCUCUUGCCAUACUGUACCUUGGAAAGAGUCUGUUUUAAAUCUCAGGCUAUGUUUGGCUCCAGUGUGCUACUUCAUUAUUUGGGUUAGAUGACUUUAACUACAGAAAGUUUUGAGUCCCUCUUGAGUUAAAGCUAAGUCACAGUAAUGUAAAUAGCUUAUAGUUAGUGUUUCCCCAGAAUGGGAACUUCCCCUAUAUGGUAAACUGCAGUCAAUACUACUCCUGCUGCCUUUCUCCUCCUUGCUCCAGCAUAGACUCAAAUCAGGUAUCAAGCUGCUGGGAACCUGCUGGGAACCCUCUGCUUCUACUGACCUCAAGAUCAUAGUUAACCACUCAGACUUACUCAAGGCCAAACUAGAUAAUGACAUGAGAGAUCCAUGAUCAGAUCUCCUGUCUUCUUUAUCUUUGGGUUAAAAGAAGCUGCAGGAAUUUGGUUCGAGGCCAUAGCACUGGAGUAGAUUAAUCUUUCCUUUCCUUGCCACUUUCUAAACCUAAAUUGCCAUCCUGAAGGUGGUAUUAGCUUUGGAGUGGGGGUGAGGGGAGAAAAGUACCCAUAUUGUACUUGUUUUUCAACCACCCUUUUCUAACUAAUAGCAACUUCAGAGGUGCAAUUUAAGUUGGGGAGAAAAAUAGUGGGGGAAAGAAAAUAUUAACCCCUUUUCCAGUGCCAUGAUCUAAAUCUAACCCCCAUCACACACCACUACUGCUUUUUAACCAAGGAAAAAAACACAGAGAUCUGACCAUGGAUUUCCCACAUCAUGUUUAGUUUCAACCUCAGUCAGUACUUCUGGCCUGAGAAACACAGUUCAUAACCUCUGGAUAGAAGGGAGAAGGGAUGCUUAGCUGAAACUGUCAAAUUGGACAACACUGUGUAAAACUCUGGGCUCCAUUCCACCCUUAGUAAAAAUGCUGGGCUUUUCCCACCAUGGUUGCAGUCCUCUCUGCCCCUUCAUCAGAGGAGCCCAUGCUGAUUGAAGGGGGAGGAUUGCUGCCUCACUACUGUUUCUCUCCUCUGUUCUCACAAUGUUGGCAUAUCCUCGAAACAGGAGCCUUCUGUGUUCUUUCCUCUGUGUCAUUUUGAAAGUGGGCGUAGCUCCUUCACCAAGCCUCUGAACAGAAUAACAGGCUUAAGUUCCUUGGAAAGAGGCUGUUUGAUGGUAAUGUACAGGGAAAGAAUCUGUUGGAAGACAGAGUCAAGCUUGUUCAGUCUUACACUCAGUGCUUUUGGCAUUUCCUGUGCCAGUAAGAUGUGAUGAAUCUUUGGGCCAAAACAGACAUUACUUUAAACUUGCGUCUAAUAGCUAUGUCUUCAUUUUGUUCUUACCUGAGAUUAAACAUGGGCCUCCUGAUCCAUAUUUUAAAAGCAGCCCCUACGCCCAUGAGCAGGGCUCCCUGAUCCAGACUGGGAGCCCUAAACCUACUCUAGAAUAAAAAUAAUUUCAAAAAAAGAAAGACCUAGCUGUUAAACACACAUUUAAAGUGAUGCCUGUUUAGACAGACAUUUAAAGCAAUGGCCCUUAGAGAUGGAUUAGUUCUUCCAAGUUACUGGACAAUGUGAUCUUAAUUGGUAGAGGAACACAUAUUUCCCUUUGACCUCCAGACACUAUGACUCAUCUCAUUAUAUGAAAUCAAAAUUUGCUACUACUUCCCCGUUUGAGCCAGUUCUGCUGUACAGUGAGAACCUUUAACUUGGUCUAUGUCAGGGGUGGGGGACCUGUGGCCCUCUUGAUGUUACUAGACUACAACUCCCAUCAUCCCUAACCAUUGGACACACUAGCUGAGAUUGACGGGAGUUGUAGUUUAGCCACAUCUAGAGGGCCACAAGUUCUCCACUCCUGGUUUAUGUGGUAAUGCCAAAGCUCAUGUUCACUUUUUACCUCAUAGUGUGCCUUUUCCCAGCUGUUUUGAGAUUUAGCUACUUUUCAGCUGAACAAUCAAGAUAUCUGGGUUUGAUCAUCUGGGAAUACUAAUUUCUAGUGCCCAAACAAGGCCAUAUUUUGACACCAAAACAACACUAUUUGCCUAUUUUUGCAUCUCCCCAGUAACGUGGGAUUUUGGAGGGGAGGGUGACAUUCCUUUCAUUAGUAUUUCCCACUCCACUUCAUUAGCUAUUUAUGGGUAGCUGUGGAAGCACUAUCAUGUCAUGUGGCUUUUGCCAAAGGAGAGAAUGUCUGACGCCCACACAUCUGCCCAUAUCAGAGUUUGACCCUGAACUGAGCCCAGAAUUCAGGCUUUCACUACGACAUGUAUAAAAUGUGCUGUUCUCUCGCUUACUGAGAGCUACAUUUGAAUGAGAUAGAUCAGCCUUGAGGUUUCUGAGGAGCUGGGUGCUAUUCAAAUGGGCUCCUCUGCCAGAAUUUGGCCAGUGCUCUUUAAAUAAAAUCUGAAAUGGGUCAUUACUCUUUAUGCUAGAUGGUUAGGACGGAAAUCCUGUGAACACUUAUUUAGGAGUAAGCCCCAUUGAACUUUGCGGGACUGACUUCUGAGUAAACAUGCAUAGGAUUGACUGUUGAAAUGCUGAGUCAAAAAAUUCCUACUACUAACAUUUCUCAGACUUGCAGGAACAAGAGUAUCUUGAGCCUGCUUCUAGAAAUAUAGUAAAUUUUCUCGUUUUCACACAGAGCUCAUAUCCUUGCAGCAGACUAUGAACUUAAGUAGAUAUGCUCUGUGGUUAAGCAAUAGGAUACCUACAUGUUGCACAAAUAAUUAUUUUUUUAUAUCAGAAGCAAUAUUUGGGGUAUCGUACCCUGCCCCUCAAAAGAAUAAAAUAUUUUUUAAUUUGUUUUAGGAUGUCCUCUAAGGUGCAUGUGCACACUUUUCCAAAUUUAUACACUGCAGCCAACUAUAUGGUGGGUAAUGAUUACAAAUUCCCCUUGGCACUUAGGUAUAACACAAGCAUAGACAGACUGUUUAAUAUUAAUGCUUUUCCUCCUAAAGGGCUGUAAAAUAGGCUAAAAAUUACACUGGAUAUUGUUUUCUUUUUGCCAACAUGUUUGUAAAUGUGAAUCAGCGAAACUUACUGUCCCUUAUUAUUGUUAAAGAAUAAUUAAACAUC